AAUUUACGAAAUAUCGUGACCAGGAAGUACUUUUUUAGUGUUGCUGACGAGACGCUGAUUUUUGCGCCGUUGUUUUUGUCCAAAAACGAACAUAGCGAAAGACAGAAAAUUAGACUGCACCCCUUCCCUCCAUCUAUCAAGAUGGAGAACUUGAUUAAUGAACACCAAAGCCGCAAUGAUCCAGAGAACAAGGCAAUUAACACUGAUUCACCUGAAAUAAAGAUUGAAAUAGAUGAGGUGCGCAUUGAGUACACUCAACAGAUGAACACACUGGAAGAAGAGAAUCUAAGUGAUCAGCCAGCAAACCAAGCAGACAGUUCUGAUUUAUCACAGGAGGAUUCUGAGUCUGAUUCAGAGUCUUUCUCUUGUACACAGUGUGACAAGAGCUUCCGUACCACCUUACAUUUGAAAAAACACCAGAUUAGGCACACUGAUAAAACCCUACACUAUUGCAUAACUUGUGAGAAGAGCUUCCCUUAUGCAUCGCUCUUAAAGCAGCACCUAACAAUGCAUGAUGCUGACAGAACAUACUGUUGCACAAAAUGCGAAAAGAGCUUCCGAUCUGCACCGUGCCUAAGGAAGCACCUGACAACGCACGGUGAGAAGAAUCACGGUUGCACCGAGUGCGAUAGGAAAUUCUGUUCAGCAUCUCGCUUAAAAAGGCACAUGACAACACAUAGCGGGGAAAGACCACAUGUUUGCACCGCCUGUGGGAAGAGUUUUACCCGACCAGAGAGCUUAAAGAAUCAUCAGCUAAAUCACCAAGGGGAGAAGCUGCACACCUGCCACGACUGUGGAAAGAGCUACAGUGUGCUGAAGUUCCUUAAAGAACAUAUGAAAGUCCACGAGGGUCCCCACAUCUGCUCUCAGUGUGGGAAGAGCUACACACUCCUCUACAACUUGAAAAUGCAUAUGUCAGCAGCGCAUGGAGAGGAAAAAGCAUUGCCCUGCUCUGAAUGUGGGAAAAGUUUUGUUUCAGAGUACCGUCUGCGAAAGCAUCAGAAGCAAGUACACAGAACAGCCUUCCCCUGCCCUGAAUGUGGGCGAAGCUUCUCCACACUGUCCAUAUUGCAAGAGCAUCAGUCAAACCAUACUGGUAUCAAACCGCAUUCUUGUGAGGAGUGUGGGAAGAGCUUUGGCCUUCUGGAUGGUCUUCAGAGGCACCAGUACACACACAGGCCCAAACCAGAAAAAUCCUGCCUCUGUGAGGAGUGUGGGAAAAGCUUUCUUAACCUCACCCAACUGGCCAGACAUAAACAAGUUCAUUCCAAUGUUAAGUCCCACACUUGUGAGGAGUGUGGUAAAAAAUUCAAACAGAUCGGAGGUUUGAGAAUACACCGCCGCACUCACACAGGGGAGACACCGUUCUCUUGCAAAGAGUGCAGUAAAACAUUUACGCAGGCCAGCUCCUUGAAGGUUCAUAUGUUAACCCACACAGGAGAGAGGUCAUUCUCGUGUAAGGAGUGUGGCAAGACAUUCAACAUCGCAAAGACAUUACGGCUUCAUAUGCGCAUUCACACAGGAGAGAAACCACAUAAAUGCCCUGAUUGUGGGAAGGGAUACCAUCAUGCUCAAGGACUCAGAAUGCACCUGCUAUUUCACAAGGGUGAACGACGGCACACAUGUACUUACUGUGACAAGAGUUUCUUUCUGCCAGGACAUUUAAGAGCACACAUCCGACUACACACUGGAGAGAAACCUUACCUCUGCUCUAAUUGUGGGAAGAGCUUCAAUCGUGCUUGGAAUUUAAAGCAACACAAGAAAAUAUGUCAGUGAUUCAUUUCACCACAAACUGAACUUUCCACAGCAUGUUAUUGUGGGGCUCCUUUUUUGUAAUAUUCUGCCUAUGAUACAUUGUGCUCUAUGCCAAACUAGUCUAAUAAUACAUUAAAUAAAGGUGGUGACUUAU